AUGUCGGGCCCCGGGCCGCGGGAGCCGCCGCAGGCGGGCGGGCCGGCGGGCCCCGAGGGCGCGGACGCGGCGCUGGGCGAGGCGGGGCUGAGCUUCACGACCACCGACCUGAGCCUGGUGGAGAUGACGGAGAUCGAGUACACGCAGCUGCAGCACAUCCUCUACUCGCACAUGGAGGCGGCGGCGGCCGACGGCGAGCUCGAGACGCGCCUCAACUCGGCCUUCCUGGCGGCGGCGGCGCCGGGCGCGGCGGCGGCGGCGGGGGGCUUCGCGGCGGCGGGGGGCGCGGCGGCGGCAGGAGGCGCGGCGCCCGUGUACCCGGUGCUGUGCCCGCCCGCGCUGGCCGACGGCGGCUUCGCGGGCGCCAACCCGUGCCUGGGCCACAUCGACUUCCAGGAGCUGCGCAUGCUUCUGCUGAGCGAGGCGGGCGCGCCCCCCGCCGCCGAGAAGACGCCGGGCGCCGACGGCCCGGGCCCCGGCGCGCCCCGGCCCAAGGCGCCCGACGGCGCCGGCAAGGAGAGCGCGGAGGGCGCGUCCGAGGCGCGGGCCAAGUCGGCCGUGCGCGUCCGCCUGGAGGACCGCUUCAACAGCAUCCCCGCCGAGCCCCCACCUGCCCCGCGAGGCGCCGAGCCCCCCGAGCCCGGCGUGGCGCUCAACAAUUUGGUAACUCUUAUUCGACAUCCGUCUGAAUUAGUGAAUGUUCCUCUUCAUCAGCAACAAAACAAAUGUACGACCUUAGUGAAAAAUAAAACUGCUGCUGCGACGACUGCUCUGCAGUUUACGUGCCCACUGUUUACCACGAGCGCGUGCUCUGCUGGUGGGAACUCUAACCUCUCACAAACACAGAGUUCUGGUAACUCCUGUUCCGUACUUGAAGCUGCCAAGCAUCAGGAUGUUGGAUUGCCCCGGGCGUUUUCUUUCUGUUACCAGCAAGAAAUUGAAUCCACUAAACAGACUUUGGGCGGUAGAAACAAAGCUUUGCCGGAGCAGGUCUGGAUUAAAGUAGGAGAAGAAGCGCUAUGUAAACAAGCGAUAAAUAAGAGGAAUCGGAGUCGGAUGCGUCAGCCGGACACCAGCGUGGAGCGGAGAGCCCUUGGGGAGAUCCAGAACGUGGGCGAGGGCCCCACGGCGGCCCCGGGCACCUGGCAGGCCGCGGAGUCCUCCCAGCCCCACCUCGGCGAGCAGGCCCCGGGCGGGCCCCAGGGCGGGCGGUCGCAGCGGCGGGAGAGGCACAACCGCAUGGAGAGAGACAGAAGGCGCAGAAUCCGCAUUUGCUGUGACGAGUUGAACCUUUUGGUCCCGUUCUGCAACGCCGAGACAGACAAGGCCACAACUCUGCAGUGGACCACGGCAUUCCUGAAGUACAUUCAGGAAAGACACGGAGAUUCUCUGAAAAAGGAAUUUGAGAGUGUGUUUUGCGGUAAAACUGGUAGAAGGCUAAAGCUGACCAGACCAGACUCCUUGGUGACGUGUCCCGCACAGGAGAGCCUACAGAGCAGCCCCACUAUGGAGAUCAAGUGACCAGACGUGAACGGGAAACCUGGGGAAGUACGUGGCCGUCCCUUCGUGACCCAUAAACGCUCUCCUCCAGACCUGGGACUCCGCUCGACAGUCUAACGCUCCAGGGACACGGCUCAGCUGAUGGGACUUCGGUGGGGACUUUGAAAGCACAUUUUGUAAAAAUAUUUAAGACAAAAUAUCCAUUAAUGUCCUCUUAGACCUUUUGGGGACGAAGACAUCUUGACAAUUUGUAAGUAAUUUUUCAAUUAUCUGUCUGAUUCUAUCAUGUUUUCUUAACAUGAUAACGUAAAGAAAUUAACAUCCUUUGUAAUUGCUUUGGUCUUAAAAGGUACAUAGCUUUUUACUUAUUUCAUUUACAUUUUAAAUAUGCCCCUUAGCAACUGGAACAAAUUAGUUGUUCUUAACUAUAAGUAGUUUGGAAUUUUUAUUUCACUUGUUUAUCGCUUCCCCUUGCAAUGAUUUCCAGCCACACAGAGCUGCAUUGCAAAACGCAGUCCUAUGUUAAACCAUUUUGCUGGAAAUUUUCCAGAGACUUCCUUUAAAGGUGCUUUUGUCCAUAAGUGAAACACUGUCACAGGGGCUGCUUCAAUGCCCUCGUUCCAUAUUGAGGCAUUACUUUCUGUGUAAUAAACUGUAGUGUUUGGAACGGA